AUGGCUUUUCAGAACAAAGACCCAGCUGGCGGAGAACCCGGCUCUUGCUUCUUUCAUUUCUCUACGUAUCAGCCUGGGACGGGGAGCGGCCAGGUCCACUACUCGGUCCCGGAAGAGGCCAAACAAGGUACCUUCGUGGGCCGCAUCGCCCAGGACCUGGGGCUGGAGCUGGCGGAGCUGGUGCCGCGCCUGUUCCGGGUGGCGUCCAGAGGCGGCGGGGACCUUCUGGCGGUAAAUCUGCAGAAUGGCAUUUUGUUUGUGAAUUCUCGGAUCGACCGGGAGGAUCUAUGCGGGCGGAGCGCGGAGUGCAGCAUCCACCUGGAGGUGAUCGUGGACAGGCCGCUGCAGGUGUUCCAUGUGGAGGUGGAAGUAAAGGAUAUUAACGAUAAUUCUCCGGUUUUCUCCGCUUCGGAACAAAAGCUUUCAAUUCCGGAAUCUCGACUGCUUGACUCUCGAUUUCCUCUAGAAGGCGCAUCUGACGCGGAUGUUGGAGGGAACGCAAUGCUCACUUAUAGACUCAGUCCAAAUGAGUUUUUCACUCUUGACAUUAUAAACAAAAAGGACAAAGGCAGAUUCCCAGUGCUUGUUCUACGAAAACUGCUGGAUCGUGAAGAAAAUCCUCAGCUUCAGUUGCUAUUAACGGCAACUGAUGGAGGCAAACCUGAACUUACAGGAUCUGUUACUCUGCUGAUCCUGGUGUUAGAUGCCAAUGACAAUGCACCUAUAUUUGACCAAACCGUUUAUGAAGUUAAGAUGUAUGAAAAUUCAGCGAACCAAACCUUAGUAAUAUGGCUAAAUGCUUCUGAUGCGGAUGAAGGGGUAAACAAGGAAAUAAAAUAUUCAUUUAGCUCUUUGGUUCCACCCACCACAAGAAGGAAAUUUUUAAUUAAUGAAAGUACAGGAGAAAUAAGAGUCAGUGAUGCUAUUGACUUUGAAGAUAGUAACAUUUACGAAAUUCAUGUCGAUGUUACAGAUAAAGGAAACCCACCGAUGGCUGGUCACUGCACUGUCCUAGUGGAAAUCCUGGAUGAAAAUGAUAAUUCACCUGAGGUGGUUGUCACUUCUUUGGCUCUCCCUGUGCGAGAGGAUGCUCAGGAGGGCACCGUCAUCGCCUUGAUCAACGUGGUUGAUCAUGACUCUGGCGCCAAUGGGCAGGUGACCUGUUCGCUAACACCCCAUGUCCCCUUCAAACUGGUGUCCACCUUCAAAAAUUACUACUCCCUGGUGCUGGACAGCGCCUUGGACCGUGAGAGCGUGGCGAACUAUGAAGUUGUGGUGACAGCGAGGGACGGGGGCUCGCCUUCGCUGUCGGCCACCGCCAGCGUGUCCGUGGAGGUGGCCGACGUGAACGAUAACGCGCCCGCGUUCGCGCAGCCCGAGGUCACGGUGUUCGUGAAGGAGAACAACCCGCCAGGCUGCCACAUCUUCACGGUGUCGGCGCGGGACGCGGACGCGCACGAGAACGCGCUGGUGUCCUACUCACUGGUGGAGCGGCGGGUGGGCGAGCGAGCGCUGUCGAGCUACGUGUCGGUGCACGCGGAGAGCGGCAAGGUGUACGCGCUGCAGCCGCUGGACCACGAGGAGCUGGAGCUGCUGCAGUUCCAGGUGAGCGCGCGCGACGCGGGCGUGCCGCCUCUGGGCAGCAACGUGACGCUGCAGGUGUUCGUGCUGGACGAGAACGACAACGCGCCCGCGCUGCUGCCUCCAGGGCCGGGCGGCGCGGCGGGCGCGCUGAGCCAGCUGGUGGCGCGGUCUGUGGGCGCGGGCCACGUGGUGGCGAAGGUGCGCGCGGUGGACGCGGACUCGGGCUACAACGCGUGGCUGUCGUACGAGCUGCAGCCGGCGGCGGGGGGCGCGCGCAGCCCGUUCCGCGUGGGGCUGUACACGGGCGAGAUCAGCACGACGCGCGCCCUGGACGAGGCGGACGCGCCGCGCCAGCGCCUGCUGGUGCUGGUGAAGGACCACGGCGAGCCGGCGCUGACGGCCACGGCCACCGUGCUGCUGUCGCUGGAGGACAGCGGCCAGGCGCCCAAGGCCUCCUCGCGGGCUUCGACGGGCGCCGCUGGCGCGGAGAUGGCGUUCGUGGAUGUGAACGUGUACCUGAUCAUCGCCAUCUGCGCGGUGUCCAGCCUGUUGGUGCUCACGCUGCUGCUGUACACGGCGCUGCGGUGCUCGGCGCCGCCCAGCGAGGGCGCGUGCGGGCCCGGGAAGCCCAGGCUGGUGUGCUCCAGCGCGGUGGGGAGCUUGUCUUACUCUCAGCAGAGGCGGCAGAGGGUGUGCUCUGGGGAGGGGCCUCCCAAGACCGACCUCAUGGCCUUCAGCCCCUGUCUUCCGCCCUGUCCACUACCAGACAUGGAAGUCGAUGAACAGUCUAUUGGAAGCGACCACUCUAGCAAGUAUGCUGUGCAUCGAUUUUAG